GCGGCGAUGACGACGGCCCUGCACCAUGCGAUCUGGGACGGCGACCUCCAUGCUAUCGAUGCGCUGCUUGAAGCGGGCGCGGCGAGCGAGCUUCUCGAGGCGCGGGAUGCGUCGGGCAACACACCACUCAUGCUCGCGCUGCGCUGCAUACAGCCGACUCAACGGGCCAUCGUCCGCCGUCUCCUCCACCACGGCGCGUCGACGCAUGCCAGAGACGCGCGCGGCUGGACGUGCAUCCAGAAUGCGGUGCUCUGCGACGAUGACCGCCUCGUCGCCGAGGUGUUUGUCCACGCCGAGAAGCAAACGCUAGCGCAGCUCACGGCGCGCUCGAUCGCACUCUACAGCGUCUUGCUGUCGAUCCCCGACUUUUACGUUGAAAUUCGCGUGGAGCUCACGUCAUGGGUGCCGCUCGUCUCCAAGGCGCUGCCAUCCGACGUCUUGCGCAUCUGGAAAAAAGGCCCGUUUAUCCGCGUCGACUGCAGUCUCAAGGAUUUCCAAAACACGUCGUGGAAGCGAGGGCACAUGUCCCACCUCCUGCGCACGUCGCCCAACACGCGCGGCCACGUUGCGACCAUUGAUCGAGACGCGCACGAGAUGUACGACGCAGCGCGGUCCAUGGAAGACCCCUCGGUGGCUGACAUUGAAACGGGUCUGCAGCUGCUCUACACGUGCAAGACAUCGACGUUCACAAGCGAUGUCGCCUCGAUGGUCUUCCAACCCAAGAAGAAGCCGCUUUUGCAUCUUCAAAAGGCCAAGCGACGCUGGCCCGGCGUCAAGUACGAGAUGCUCCACGCCCGCGUCCACCUCCGCCUGCGGGCGCCAUUGCAGCCCCACUGGGAGCGUCCAACGACCGCACCGGACGACCGCUUUACGAAAGCCAACACCUUUUUCGCCAAGCUCCACCAGAUCAAGAAAACGAAGAAGAAGACGAUGGAGGCCAGCAACAAACUGAUGCUGUCGGACCAGCCGAUGGAGAUGCACUUGCAGGUGCUCCCAGGCGACGUGGUGCAUUGGCACUACGACACCAAGUCGGUGGCGUCAGUGGCGUUCCACGUCACCUUUUGUGCGGCCGAGUCCAGCGAGAAGAAGGUCGUCGCCGCCAACGCCCCCGACGGACAGCUACGGGCGACGCAAGCAGGACACGCUAUUUUUUGUUGGGCACGCGCACCGUCGAGCAAAAAGAAAGCCGUCUCGGUCGUCUACUCCAUCGACCACCAGCGCCCGGCACCGUCGCCCGCGUCCAGCGCUGCGGCAGCCUCCGACGUGAGCGAAAACGAGAGUGCGCUGGCGGUUUUCUCGCGGGUGCCUCAGCCCCGGCAGGAAACCACGUCGUUCCAAGCGUACUUUCCGACAGCCGACAUGGCGCCGCAUGCCCAGCACCGGGCGCUUACGGUGCUUCCGCCCGAGUCGCACAUGACGAAGGACAUUCAGGCGACUGUGACAAUGGCAGAAGCGUUCCCGUUCACGGUGCAAGAUUUCUUGCCGGUUGCGCAGUUUCUCUCGACCCGGGCCGAGCAUUUUGAGAGCCUCCGCGACUUUUUCGAGCUGAAACUACCGCCGGGGUUCCCCACCAAGUUUCAAGUCCCGAUUCUACUCAGCGUGCGCGCGUCCUACACUUUUGAGAAAGCCGAGGCGUGCACGGUUGACGACAGCCACUUUGAUUUGAUCUAACUCAUUUUUGUCUUAAUACCGAUU